AUGAGUUCAGUUUUUAUUCAACAAAAACCAAAAAAAUUGUCGCUAGAUAAAAUAGGUCAAUUAGAGGAUGAACUUGAAAUAAAUCCAUUAGAUUAUAACAAAUGGAUUAGAUACUUGGAUCAAAUUAUUGCUAAAGAUAGUCAAGAACAAGUGAGGAAAGCAUUUGAUAAAUAUUUAGAUAUUUUUAAAUUUGACGGAGCUCAAUGGAACAGAUAUAUUAAAUACGAAAUAAGUAGAGGAGAAGAAAAAUAUGCUGAAUCAUUAUUUCAAAAAUGUUUUGGUAUCACUGAUAAUGUUGAUUUAUGUCGACUGUAUGUUGAUUACGUUAGAAGUGCUACAGAUUUUAUAACUGGAGGUGAAAAAGCAAGAGGGACAGUUAUUCAAGCUUUCGAAUUUGCAAUAAAUAAAGUAGGUUUAGAUAUUCUGAGUGAUGGACUAUGGCAAGAUUAUAUUGGAUUUCUAAAAUCAUGGACUCCUGGAGCAAAUUGGGAACAACAACAAAAAACAGAUUUAAUUAGAAAAGUUUAUAAAAAAUUUUUAGCUAUACCUACUGAAAAUAUUGAAACUAGUUGGACUCAAUAUACAAAAUGGGAAAAUGAAUUAAAUCCAUCUAUUGCUCAAAAAUUUGUUUCUGAAAAAUCUGCAGAAUUUAUGUUAGCAAGAUCAUGGAAUACAGAAUGGCAACGUAUCACUAAUAAGAAAUUAAAAAGAUCCAUAAAUGCUCAAGCAUCAUUAUUAGAUAAUUCAUUAGAAGAACAAAUCAAAUAUUGGAAAAAUUGGAUAGAAUUGGAAAAGAAAAAUUCUUUGGAAUUAAAAGAUUCAUUCACGUUAAAUAAUAGAAUCAAUAAUGUUUAUAAACAGGCCACAUACGCUCUACCUUUCGUACCUCAAAUAUGGUUCGAAUAUGUAAAAUAUUUGCUCAAUGAUAAUGAGGAAAGCAAUUUAAAUGACUGUAUAAGAAUUUUGAAAGACGGCUUAACAUUUAAUCCCAAAAGUUUACUACUCUCUUUUCAAAUUGUCGAAUUGUAUGAGAAAGAUAGUUCUUUUGAUAAAUCUAAAGUAAUAUUUGAAAGUUUGAUAAAUAAAUUGAUUGUUGACUAUGAUAAAGUGACCAAUGAAUUGAAUGAGUUAAGAGAAAAAUUGAAACCCGUAAAGAAAGAAGAGGAGGAAAAUAGUGACGAUGAUGAUGAUUAUAACGAAGAAGAAGAAAAAGGGAAAAUAUUAACAGAAACAAACGGAGAAGCAAACGAACAACCAAAAACCAAUGGUCAUCUGUUGCCAAACAUACCUGGUUUACCAAAUAAACCCAAUUCUUUACCUAAUAUACCUAAUUUACCAAACAUUCCAAACAUACCGAACACUACAAAUAUUACAAACUCACCAAAUUUACCAAAUUUACCAAAAAUACCAACUCAACAAUACUCAGGUUCUUCCAUUUCAUUAGCAGAUUCUAAACAAUUAAAAUUAUUGGAAAAACAACAAAAACAAAUAUCAGAACAAAUUACAUUGGUUUAUAUCAAGUUCAUGGUAGCUAGUAAAAGAGCUGAAGGUAUGAAAGAAGCAAGAAAUGUAUUUAAACAAGCAAGAAAAUUUUUAGGUAUAAAUUCUCAAAUUUAUGUGGAAAGUGCAUUAUUAGAACAUUAUGCAGAUAAUAAAAAAACAGCUAUAAAAGUUUUUGAUAUUGGACAAAAAGCAUUUCCAACUAAUGGUGAAUUUGCACUAAAAUAUUUGGAUUAUCUAAUAAUGAUUAAUGAUGUUGAAAAAUUAAGAAGUACUUUACAAAGUUCAGAUACUAAUUUCGCAAAAGAAAUUUCACAAUUAACUGAAGAAAUUAAUGUUGCUGACAUUGAUCCCUUGAUAAAAUCAGAGAAAGAAUUAAAAUUAAGAAUUAAAAAGAAAAAUUUGAAAGAUUUAUAUAAACGAUAUAUUUCAUUUGCUGCAACCAAUUUAUCAUUAGAUAUAACGAAUAGUUUUACUAAAAAAUGCGAAUCAUUGUUUCCAGAAGAUGAUCCAAUAGAUUUGUUCACAAGUAGAUAUAAGUUGGAUAAGAAAAAUUUGAUAAAACGUGAUGAAUUAAAAGUGGAAGAUUAUGAUGAUUAUGAUGAUAAUGAGGAAGAAUCACCAAGGAAAAGAAGAAAAAUUUCAAACUUGAUGAACUUUGAAAAUGAUAGUCAAUCGUCAGCUGUCAAAAACAUUCAAGAAACAAGCCGUAUAGAACAAUCCAUAAUUGAACAAGAUUAUCAAAAUAGUAACAUCAACGGUUCGAAUGAAACGAGUUUUGUUGGACCAUCAAUAGUCGCAUUAAUGGCUGCUUUACCCAACGCGUCAUACUUUGGUCUCCCUUCAGAUAAUGUAUUUAAUAGUGAAAAGUUGGUCACUUUAUUCGCCAAUUUACAAAACAUAUGA